CGGAAAUACUAACAGCCAUAAAAGCAAGAGAUUUUCCCAUAACGAGGAGAAAACAUAAAGCCAUUAAAAAGUGAAAAACAAACUACGCAUUUAUUGAAUUUGCAUACAAUCAAAGGCCAGGACAAAUUCCCCGAAGAGAACAUUGGGUUAAGCUGAUGAAUGUGCCAGGAUUCCGGCGGGCCGCUUGAAUUGGACCCCGAACACCCGAACACCCCCACCAUCGAAUAGCUUUGAGAAACUCGCCGUAAGGAAAAGCGAGGAAAAAUCGGCAGAGCAAACGCUCCACAUCCACUUGAUGACCCUUCUCUUCGGAAGGAGGAAGGAUCUCCUAGUUGGCCUCCUCGAGUCCGCCUCAUUCAAUGUCACUUGCCUCGAGGACGAGUGUUAAGUCGGGCGGCAGCGAAGUGGAUCUGAGGCAGCGUAAUGCCAGCAUCCGGAAUCUCUUUGCCCCCACGCCCGGUGAGUUGGCCAAAAAGAAGGAGGCGCGCCGUCAAAGGAGUCGCAGCCAGAGCAGCUUCUCGCUCCAGAGAUUUGGCCAGAACAACGAUGAUGAUGAUGGGAUGGCUGGGAUUGCUGGGCCGCACCAGAUGGGCCUGCCCAGUUCGAAUAGCUUCGAUGAUUACGCCACGGGCAUAAAUCAAUUGCCAAUGACUGCGAAUCAAUCGGCAGUGAGACAAUACAAUGGCCAGGACAAUAACGAGAACGGCUCGAGUCCCUGUUCUCCGGCAACGGUAAUUCCCAGGACAUCGCACAAUGGCUGGCAUCAGAGUGCAUUUGAAUUGGCAAUGAGCCGGAGCCGGAGCCGGAGCCGGAAUCCGGCGGAGCACAAAAACUGGAGCUCGACGAGCCAUCUGGAAAAUUUUAUUAACAGCAACGAGCAGCUACAACUACAGCAGCUACAGCUACAGCUGCAACUGCAGCAGAACCAUGAGAACCAUGAGCAGCAGGACACUUUUGUUGACUUUGGUAAUGAAAUGACCUGGGGCAAAUCUGCUGAGAAAUCGCUGCCAUUGAAUCACCAGCAGCAGCAGCAGCAGCAGGAAAAGCAGUGGCACCUGCAAGAAGGAGGAUUUUCCCGAGACGACCGAUGGGAUUUGGACUUGGAGCCGGAGCAGCGCGAAAGUUUGCACAGCCAAAGCUAUCGACCGGCGGCGGCAGCGGCAACUCAGUCGACGCCGCUGGCAGAGCGCCUGCAGCGAUUUCGAUAUCGCCAGCAAUUGCAACUGCAGCAGCAGCACCAGCAACAACAACAACAACAACAACAACAACUCAGCACUGAUAUCGACGUUUAUGAUAGCCAAUACGCUGGCCAUUUAUCAGCUGAACAAAUAGGCGUAGCCAAUUGGCCGAGGGGGAGCCACGAAGGGCCCGUCGGCGGGAGCGCUCCAGUUGAAGCUGAGCCCUCAGCGGAGCAGGAGGAGCUGCCCCCGGAUCGAGUGCUUUAUCCAGACUCGCAACCGGAGGACGAGGAGGAGGCGGAGGCGGCGGCACCACGACGCCGCGUUGUGAUCAGGCGCCGUAUUGUGCGCACCACCCGCACCGCUCCGCAAACUCCGGAGGUUGCCACCAGCACCUACAGCACCACCACCAAAAACGAUAGCUCAACUUCUGGUGCGAGGAAUAUUGGCUGGCUGACCAGGCUGCGCAGCUUUGGAUCGACCAACAGGAAAAACCAAGCGACUGCCGCACCAGCUACCCAGCAACCCGACAAUCAAAAAGCAAUUGCUGGUGCCACCGACAGUUGCAACACAAAUCCCAUCAUGGCCGUCCUGCGUACUAUGAAGCUGAAGGAGCGCCUGGUCAUCAGUCUGGGCGCCACCCUCGUCCUGCUCACCCUCCUGCUCAUCGUCGAUGUGCAAAUGGACUUCGGGGUGGUCAACCGCCACCUGCUGCAGCAGCAGCACCAGAAGAUCCGCCUCGGCAGCAACGACUAUGAUGCCACCGGUGGCGCUGGCGGUGGAAUGCUGCACGAGUUCAAGCGCAAAUUCCUGCAAAAGAGCAACUCCUCGGGCUCCAAGGAGGCCUCCACGCAGGCGGCGGCGAGUCAGAGCGGCGGGGCGACCAGUGGCCAGGAUGCGGCAGGUGGCGCCUCUGCAGGAGCUGCGGGUCCUGGAAUGGGAGGCGCCAUUUCCACACGGAAGCCCACGCCGCACGAUCGCUAUGCGGAUCUACAAAAACACCUGCUCAGCGACGAGUACUCGCAUGUGAUUGUGGACAAUGCCCCCGAUGUGGCAAGGGACAAUCCCACGCUGGCCGAGAUGCUGCAUCGCAAGCCCAGUGCAAAUGCCAGCAAUUUGGAGCGCUUCCAAUUGCGCAUCACGAAGAAGGAGCUCUACGGCGAGCAGGACACUCUGGUGGAUGCGGUGCUACGUGACAUGAUCAAGCUGCCAAUACAGCAUGUUGUGCAAAAGGAGGGCGGCACCCAGCUGAAAUUGAUCAUCGAGUACCCCAACGAUAUCAAGGCCUUAAUGAAGCCGAUGCGGUUUCCGCGGGACCAGCAAACGCUGCCCAACCAUUUCUACUUCACGGACUACGAGCGCCACAACGCCGAGAUUGCCGCCUUCCAUCUGGACAGGAUCCUGGGAUUCCGGCGUGCCAUGCCCGUGGCCGGGCGAACACUGAACAUUACGACCGAAAUUUAUCAACUGGCCGAGGAGAAUUUAUUGAAGACGUUCUUUGUUUCGCCAUCGCUGAAUUUAUGCUUCCAUGGCAAGUGCUCGUACUAUUGUGACACCUCGCAUGCCAUUUGCGGCAACCCGGACAUGCUGGAGGGCUCCUUCGCCGCCUUUCUGCCCAACUUUGAGUCGGGCAAUCGCAAGGGUCGGAAGCUGUGGCGGCAUCCCUGGCGACGCUCCUACCACAAAAGGAAGAAGGCCCAAUGGGAGACAGAUGCCAAUUAUUGUGCCCUGGUCCGGGAUAUUCCGCCAUACGACGACGGAAGGCGACUGUACGACCUCAUGGACAUGGCCGUCUUUGAUUUUCUCACUGGCAACAUGGAUCGUCAUCAUUACGAGACAUUCAAGGUGUACGGCAACGAGACGUUCCCCCUGCAUUUGGACCACGGCCGUGGCUUCGGGCGGCCCUUCCACGACGAGCUCUCCAUUCUGGCUCCAGUUCUGCAGUGCUGCCUGAUACGCAAGUCGACGCUCGUCAAGCUGCUGGAGUUCCACAAUGGACCCAAGCCCCUCUCCCAGCUGAUGAGCGAGUCGCUCAGCGAGGAUCCGGUGAGUCCUGUGCUCUGGCAGCCGCACUUGGAGGCCCUGGACCGGCGGACCGGGAUCAUCCUGCAGAGCAUACGGGACUGCAUCAAGCGGAAUCCGCCGGGCGAGGUGGACGGAUCGGAGACGGACCUCUCCUCAUAGCGAUGAGAAGGUGUCCGAAGCGAAUCCACAAAUCAUCCUAGAGCAUUAGCUUAAAUCCCUAGCUGUUAGUCGCGUGUCCUGUGUGUUAUAACUAAAAGAAAACAAUUAGCGUUAAUGUUGGUGGCAAUCGGUCUUUGAAAAAGAUCAGCGUCCUAAGUGAACGAAUCCCUGUCGCUCUGUCUGCACAUACCAAAAAAACAAAAACAAAAACAAAAACAGAUACGGAAACGGAAACAAAAUGAUGAAAGGAGAUGAGGCCAAGAGCCAGGGGAGGAAAUGAAUGCACUCUAAUGUUUAUACUUUCACCUAGAUUGUUUGUCGGGCAGCUGAAAAAGCAUCGAUUGGCAAUGAAAAUUGAGUACCUCCCACCCAAUCGCACACCCAAAUCACACUAAAGCACUAUAGCUUACAGUGGGUGCCAAAAGUAAACAAAGACACAGUGUGCAAACAGCCCGAAUGCGAAAGUAGAAACUAAAUCAGGGCAAAUCUUAACAUUUUGCCAGCGUGCGCCAGAAGGAAACUUGUUCAAAAGACUAUAAAACAUAAACAAGAAGAACUAAAACUGAGAGGAAAACUAAAAAAUUGAAACUAUUUUCUAAAUAUUUAUUUAUAAUUUUUUCAUACAUUUUAUGACUUUUAUGUGCAUACACUUUUCCCGUAUGCAAAUUUCCCCAAAACCCCCCCACUCUCGCCCCCCAAAAAAAAACGCCCAUUCUCAAGAAAAGUUGUUGCAAGUUUAGUUUGUAAGUUGACCUAACAUUAUGAUCGAUAUCAGGCGUAGCUUUAUCCGAUUCUAGGAUCGUCUUAUUAGUUAGUCCAAUCAGUUCCAGCGAGAAUCAUGUACUUCACCAUGUGGGAAACAAAACAAAAGAGAGAACACUAUUGUUAACAACUAAUUAUUACUAUUAUUGAUUAUCAUAGCUAAGUUAAAUUUGUUUUUAUUAUGGUAACGUUUUUCAAUUGUACCUUGUGUGGUUAAGAUAGACAACAUCGAUUGGCGUAGAAACAGGUGAACAAAGUGUUUAAAUGAUAAAGAGACAACAACUAAAUUGUGUUAGAAUUAGUAAAAUUUUAGUGAAAAUUUCUGAUGUAAUUAAUAAAAAAAAGUACCAAAGAAA